GGCUUGCUUUGCUUGCAAGGUCACUUCGUCUGGGAGCCCUGAACUCUGGACCACAGCUGAGCAGAGGAAAUAAACAAGCGGAGUAUAAAUAGCGGCCCGAACGGGCGGUUACGCACUAGUCGAGUUUGGGGAAGGAGGCUGCAGCACACCUGGGCAGAGCAGAGCCCAACGGAGUCGGGUCAGAGCGCGCAGGCAGGAAGCGAAAACCUCCACAAUGUGGAGAGGCCUGGCGCUUGCCCUGGCUCUCUGUCUCCUUCCAUCUGGAGGAGCAGAGAGCCAGGUGCAAAGCGUCCCGUGCAAAGAAGCUCCAAAAUGGCACAUAGGAGAUCAAGAUCCAAUGCUGAACUCUCUGGGUACCGUGACUGUGGUUGCCCUCCUCCAAGCAAGCUGAUACUUGUGCAUUCUGCAGGCAUCCAGAUUGGAAGACCUGCGAGUGAAAUUGGAGGGAGAAGGAUUUUCCAAUAUCUCAUACAUUGUUGUCAACCAUCAAGGAAACCCAUCUCAAUUAAAUUUCAAAGAGCUAAAAGAUAAAGUUUCUGAGAAUAUUACUGUUUAUCAACAAGAAGUAAACCAAGAAGAUGUUUGGACUACAUUAAAGGGCAACAAGGAUGACUUUCUCAUAUAUGACAGAUGUGGCCGUCUCGUGUAUCAUCUUGGUUUGCCAUACACCUUUCUGACCUUCUCAUAUGUGGAAGAAGCCAUUAAAAUUGCUUACUGUGAAAAAAGCUGCGGAAACUGCUCAUACACGACCCUAGAUGAUGAAAGUUUUUGUAAGAAUGCAUCUUUAAUAGCUGAGGAAGGAACAACCACAACCUCUCCUCCCCACCCCCAUCGCCGCCACCAUCACCAGCAUCAUCACAGGCAUGGGCACCAGCCUUCAGAGAAUAAGAACCCAGAAAGUUCUGAGACAGCUGUUGAUGCUCACUCUAUGCAAGUUCUUCAUCAUCAUCGUGAGCCUGCACACCACCAGCACAGGGACACGGGUCACCCAGGGAGCCAAGAAAAUCCAGAAAUCAGAGUUUUGGAGCUUUCUGUUCCAAGAAAGAGACUCUGACGAAAGGGAAUUUCUGGUUGUGCAAACCAUUUACUCUGAAAUUUGUUGCAAAGUUCAGAAUCAGUUCCUAAGAGCUGAUGCUGACAUUGUCGACAUUUGCUGUUUGAACAUUUAGGCAAUUCAGUCACCUGACGUUGUAAAGGCACUACACUUCCUUCCUCAUGUAGCUGACAGGGACAACGGGCAGAGGAAAACAUCACUGAAUCCUGACAGUGACGUUCGCCUCCAGCUGCCUGAUAUCCUGGUCAGCAGCUUGAGCCCACAGAAGACAGCACUGCUUGAAAAUGAAAAAAUAAGGCAGGAAGGUGAAAAUGAUCUACAAAUUAAAUUUUUUAAAUUUGGAAAAAAAAACCCCUCUAUGUUUGGGCAUGAUCCCACUGAAUUUGUUUAAAAAAACUUUAAAAAAUAUUUGUCCAUUUCAUGAACUACCCAGUUAAUAAAAAGUGAUCCUAAAUUAGAAUUGAAUUUGUGUAAAGAUUUGAAAAUCAGAAGUUUAAGCAUUUGAGUGAUUACUGUAUUGACUUCCAAAAUGAGAACUUCCUGCCAAAGAAAUUGUGAACCAAACCACAUUAUUUCAGUGCCAACUAAAAGGUGACUGCAGCAUCUGGUUAAUGUGUCUUUCUUGUUUCUCUCCCAGCAUUCUGUUUGCGUUAAUGAGGACAGAAGCGGAAACUAUAACAUAGGGGCUUCUGUUGGAUUAUUGGCAAUUCAGAAGGGAAGAAAAACAAAAAAAAACAUAUUCACCUUAUUUUGUAUUACUUUUCUCUUUAGAUAUCUUUUUUAAUGCUAAUUUUUCUAAGCUGAGAAAUUAAAGAAUCACACUUCAUACUUCAAGGUGCAAGAAUACAAUACAUGUUAACUUUGCUUUAAAAGAAGCAUAUGAAACCACUUAAAAUAACAGCUUUUUUAUUGUGCAUUUUUGUAGUUUAACUCAUCUAUUUGAUUCUGGAGAGUUAGAUAAAGGAAUAAUACUUUUGCAAUGUCUUGUUUUCUUUAUUUAGCCCUGUAUCAUAUUGUUUAAACAUUUGAGAGUGUUUCUUUAGAAAGGUCUGGAAGUGAAAGAAUAAAAGGCUGGUAUCUUAUUAGCAGGUUGCUUAGAAAGUGUUCCCAUAGUCAAUGAUGGUUCUAUAGGUAAAUUUACCCCUAGGGACCUGAACUCUUUUAUGGUUAAUACUACUAAGCAAGAAUGUCAACUGGAACUUGAAAAUCUGAUAAGUGUGUAGGAUUGUAAAAAAAAGAUGGACAAACUCUCAAUAAAACAAAAUUUUAGCUUUG